CCCCGGCUCCGCGGGACGCGGGGCGGCGCACGGGGAAGGAGCGCGGCGCGGCGAGGCACGGCGCCUGCCGCUUCUCCUUGCGGAGCGCUGCCAGCUCUUCCUGGAAGUCCUGAGUCGCGCACGGCGCAGUGAGUUCAUGCACCUCCUCGCCAAGCCUCAGCCUGCGGGAUCUGGGGAGGCUGCCGCCAGCACACUGCCCUGUUCCCCGCGCCCGCUCGCUGCCGCCCGGGGGAUUCUCCCGGGGGCCCCCGUCGCCGCCCCUUCGCACAUGAAGAUGUACGUGCAAAGGGCGCUGGUGCUGCUCUCCCUGCUGAGCUUCGCCACCGUCAGCCUCUCGCUGUCCUCCUGCACCACCUUGGACCUGGACCACAUUAAGAAGAAGAGAGUGGAAGCCAUCCGGGGGCAGAUCCUGAGCAAGCUGCGGCUCACCAGCCCCCCGGAGACCGUGGGGCCGGCCCAUGUGCCCUACCAAAUCCUGGCCCUCUAUAACAGCACCCGGGAGCUGCUGGAAGAGAUGGAGGAGGAGAAGGAGGAGAGCUGUUCUCAGGACAACACCGAGUCCGAAUACUACGCCAAAGAGAUCCAUAAAUUUGACAUGAUCCAGGGCCUCCCCGAGCACAAUGAGUUGGGCAUUUGUCCAAAAGGUGUCACCUCCAACGUCUUCCGCUUUAACGUGUCCUCAGCAGAGAAGAACAGCACCAACUUGUUCCGGGCCGAGUUCCGGGUGCUGCGUGUGCCCAACCCGAGCUCCAAACGCAGCGAGCAGCGCAUUGAGCUCUUCCAGAUCCUUCGUCCGGAUGAGCACAUAGCGAAGCAGCGCUACCUCAGCGGCAGGAACGUGCAGACACGGGGGUCUCCUGAGUGGCUGUCCUUCGAUGUCACCGACACCGUGCGGGAGUGGCUUCUGCACAGAGAGUCCAACCUUGGCCUGGAAAUUAGCAUACACUGUCCUUGCCACACUUUUCAGCCCAAUGGAGAUAUCUUGGAGAAUUUGCACGAAGUCUUGGAGAUCAAGUUCAAAGGCAUUGACAGCGAGGAUGACUAUGGCCGAGGGGACUUGGGGCGCCUGAAGAAGCAGAAAGACUUGCAUAACCCCCACCUCAUCUUGAUGAUGUUACCCCCACAUCGGCUGGAGAGUCCGGCGCUGGGAGGCCAGAGAAAGAAACGGGCCCUGGAUACCAACUACUGUUUCCGAAACCUGGAGGAGAACUGCUGCGUGCGUCCUCUCUACAUCGACUUCCGGCAGGACCUCGGCUGGAAAUGGGUCCAUGAGCCCAAGGGCUACUUUGCCAACUUUUGUUCAGGCCCGUGUCCGUACCUCCGCAGCGCGGACACCACUCACAGCACGGUGCUGGGCUUAUACAACACACUGAACCCUGAGGCAUCUGCUUCACCCUGCUGUGUCCCUCAGGACCUGGAGCCACUCACUAUAUUGUACUACGUCGGGAGGACCCCCAAAGUGGAGCAGCUCUCCAACAUGGUGGUGAAAUCCUGCAAGUGCAGCUGAAUGGCACGCUGGCCUGCCCAAAACCGAGAGAAACUGUUGGCACCCCUCUCCUGCUCCCAGGGAAACACAAAAGGAACCGGGGGUCAGAGACUACAUGUGCCGAGGGCCAAAUGCCAGACCCUGUGGCUUAGGAUCUGGCAGCCCUUGGGGAUCUCUUCUGGAACAUUUCUUUCAGUGCCACGUUCCUUCUGGGAGUUUCUUUGGUGACAUGAAGCCUGCUGGCUGGACUGUUGGUGUGGAAGAGAAGGCUAGGGUGGAGGAACUGCUGUGUGUUUGAAUGCUGGGUGGUUGAGUUGGGAAAGGGAGGGAAUGAGAGCAAGAGAGGAAUGGAAAUGGGGAGAUGUUUUCCAUCUUUAGCAAUCACGGGACCUCAGCCCUCCCUGCUGGAAUGAAGAAUUAAGGGUUUCCCCUGUGGGAAGAAACCCUGAAAGUUUAUUUAGGGAAAGAAAAUGCACCAAGAAGGGAAGCUGCUGACAGAAGAAAUGCUCAGAUAUAGACUUUUGUUCCUCAGAGCUGCGAUCCAGGAGUCCUACAACUGAAACUCCGUGUCUGCCAAACCUAUACAUUCAGUUGGCAGAUCCUGGCAAACUGGUUUCUAAAUGCAAACCACAAAGCUCCCAGCCAGCCUGCUGAGGGUGGGCAGAUACAAGGAAAGAGGGUGCCGAGUCCAUUUUCAGACGGAGUGAUGUCUCCAUUCAGCUCAAACUCCCUUUCUGGAGUCUGAGAGAUGGUUUCUGGGCCAGGGCAGGAAUAAUACCUGCGGGUUACCCGAAUACUCAGACCAUUCAUUUGUGAACUGAUACACCCUGAGGACCUCUUGUCUCUUACGGUUUGUGAGGAGCUUUAGGGUGUUCUGUACCUGUUCUACACAAUGUCCUGAACGUGGCCCAGGCCUCACUUGCCAAGAUUUUAAAAAUAGUAAUCUCAAAAACAUUGUAAAAAAUAAAUAUUUGGGGGGGAGAUGCUCUUUUUUUCACAAGCAAGUUGUUUGUUGGAGGGUUCGAUGGUUUGAUGGUUUUAAACUGCCGCUGCUGUGGCAUACUCGAUCAGUCUAAAGUAUUUUCCCAUUCCAAAAGGUCUGUUCAAAGGGACAGACAGAAUUUCUGUCAGCCAGAGAGCUCCAGAAUAGAAAUUCCUUGGUACCUUCAAACUGGCCAGAUAUCUGUGUGCCCUGUCCUGCCUUAGUUCUUCAGACACGUACAUCACCUCUGGCAUCUGUUUUUGACAGGUUCAUGUAAUGCUCUCCUCAAAUCUAAAACACUUCCAACAGUGCUGCUGUGCAGUUGCCACAGCUGACAGAUGCCCAUGGCCAUUUGAAUAUAUAUGGUGUGCCAGUACAGACUUGUACACAUGGCUGAAUAACACUCCUCCUCCCGAUUUACCACAAACAUUGCAGAUGCUCAUAAAAAGCUCACAGAUGUUGCCCAGGCAAGAAAUCAAUGUACUCCAAAUUAAAGUAAGGAUAUGGGGUUUUUCAGCCAUAGCUACUCCCAGAGGUAAAAAAUCUCCAGUGCUUGCGUUCCACAUGGGACUCAGGCUGCCUCUGACUCUCCAAAUGACAGCUACUUAAAGUCAUCUAGAGACUACAGAGGUGCCUCCCUGUCCCUUCCCAAUUCCUGGUCCCCAGUAACUGAGUAUGAAAUGUCACCUAGCUGGGUAAUUGCAUGUGGCCAGGGCGCUCCACUCUCAGAUCAGAAUUGCGCUCUUCCAUCAAAUCCUUCACCAGUAGUAGCUGCUUCCAUUUACCUCAUGUGAGGCUGCCAUAAUAACAUGUAAUCUCAAACAUCUUAAUAAACUGUACACAACUCCUGCA